GCGCGCGCUGUCAUACGUAGGAAAUUCGGCGCGCGAAAGCUGCAGCAGGAAGUGAGAGUCGCUGAAGGGAAACGGCGGCCAGUCUGGGGUUUGAAUCUGUGCAACUACUUCCAUAAUCUACAAACAUCUACAUUAAUAUGGCAGACCCGAAGGAACCGGAAGACCACGAAACCACUACAGAGGACUCUAAUCAUGAUCCCCACUUUGAGCCCAUCGUGUCCCUUCCUGAGCAGGAUGUGAAAACAUUAGAAGAGGAUGAGGAGGAGCUCUUCAAAAUGCGGGCUAAACUAUAUCGUUUUGCCUCUGAGAACGACCCACCAGAGUGGAAGGAGAGAGGAACCGGCGACGUCAAGCUGCUGAAACACAAAGAGAAGGGCACAAUCCGCCUCCUGAUGAGGAGAGACCGAACCCUGAAGAUUUGUGCCAAUCAUCACAUUACAACUGCAAUGGAGCUGAAGCCCAACGCAGGCAGCGACAGGGCAUGGGUGUGGAACACACUAGCAGAUUAUGCUGACGAAUGCCCCAAACCUGAACUCUUGGCAAUACGCUUUUUAAACGCAGAAAAUGCUCAGAAGUUCAAGGGGAAGUUUGAUGAGUGCAAGGAGGAGGUCAGAAAAACUCUAGGCAACACUGAUAGUGCAAACAAAGUGGCAGAAAAGCUGGAGGAACUCUCUGUAAAAGACAAGGCUUCAGAAGGAAAGAAGGAAGAGGACAAAAAUGAGACUGAGAAGAAAGAAGAUGAGAAAAAGGAGGUGAAGGCCGAAGAGAAGAAUUGAGAACCAAGAACUUGCUUUGCUGAUCUUCAAUUUAUCAGUUUUUCCUCUUUUUCUACAAUAGACUCUAAAUGAACUGAAUUUGGACACUUGCAUAUUAUUAGUUUUUUUAUUAUCUGUUUUGCCUCAAGAUCACAAGUCCUUGAUGCCACUGGGGGGGAAAAAAUAAACAAAGAUAGUGAAUUUAUGAAAAAAAAGAAGCCCCUUCCCUCCCACCCCUUUCCCUCUGCACCAUGGAAUGCCACGCUUUCCUUCCUCGUCAUCUACAGUUCAAUGUUACAUUUGACAAACUGUGAAAAGAGGCUUGUGAUAGUGAUAAUUCCCACAUUGGGGUAUUUUCUUUUGUUUUUGUUAUUCUGAAGCAGAGUUUGUUUGUAGAGGGGAUAAUGUAGCCUGCUUGUUAGCAGCACAGGGUCAGGGACCAGGCAUUAUGUAGGUGCAUUGUAAAUGUAAAAUCUCAUGAUGCAUCUCAGUGGGCCUUCUUACCCUGUCCACUGUCCAUGCUUCCACGGUUAGACACAGCAAGUAAGGUCAAGACUUCUCAGUGGAUGCCUUGUAGAAAUAGUUGUUGCUUUCUUCUUUGAUCAGUUCUGUUGGGAACUGACGAGAAGAGGAAUCCACUCCAGACAGUUGAGGGGCAUCAGAUGGGUGCGGCAGAUGGCAGUGUCCACUGAUAGCUGACUGAUAGGAGAUCAGAUGCACUUAGCUAAGCAUUCAUUAUUUUUCCUUUUUCCUUUUUUUUUUUUUUUUGUUUUAAAUAUCUGAACACCAUAAAGUCCAAAGUCAACGGUUCAUCAGAGUUAGGUGCAGCUACGCUUGACUUAAGUUUCUCACCAGGAAAUCAAGUUUGUAUUCUUUAGAUCAUAACAUUCCCAGACUUGAAGCAUGUAGAGUAUAUGUAACAGAGUGUGCCCUAUCUGAUCUGUGUGCUCACCACCCUCUCCUUUUCUUUCCACUAAUUGAGUUCUUAACCUUGCCUCUAAAGCGCAUCUAAGUGCCAGUGCAUCUGUAAAUACAUGUAUAUGGAUGAAAUAUUGCUUUUCAUUUGCACUCAAAUGAUUCGAAAUGUUUCCUCCACCUUCGAAUAAAAGUUGUCAAAGACCACA